CUGCACGUACAGAUCAACAAAUUGCUAGCUGCUGCCCUUUAUAUAUUCUUCGACCGUCUACUUACUGCCCAUACCAGCAUUUUGUUUCCAAAUUAAAGUUAAGGAGUUGCUCAUUUGUGCAACGAAGAUGGGCUUGCUAGAUCACCUUUCUGACCUCUUCGAAUUCCAUCGAGGCCACAGCAAAAAGAAGCUCAGCAAACUAAGGAAAAGGCAACUUGAGAUGGUGGAGAUAAGAGUGAAAAUGGACUGCGAAGGUUGCGAAAGGAGGGUGAGGAAGUCGGUAGACGGAAUGAAAGGAGUGACCAACGUAGAAGUGGAGCCAAAGAAGCACAGAUUGGUAGUUACAGGUUAUGUGGAUCCAGAUAAAGUGUUGCGUCGAGUAAGGCAUCGCACAGGAAAGAAGGCUGAGUUUUGGCCAUACGUUCCUUACGACUUGGUGGAUCAUCCCUACGUGCGCGGUGUGUAUGAUAAAAAGGCUCCAGCAGGAUACGUUCGCAACGCCGAUGGUAACCCGCAGACGUCAAGCCUUGCGAGGGCAAGCUCCACAGAAGUCAAUUAUAUCACUGCCUUUAGUGAUGAAAAUCCUCAGGCAUGCACGGUUAUGUGAUGCAGAAAGUUGCUUGGUUCAUUCAAAAGCUCUAAUUAGAAGUACUAGGAGGAAUUGCGUGCAGUCAAUUAGCUAGUCGAUGUAAGGUUGUUAAUUAAGCUAACUUUUGUUGUAUUGAGUAUGACGAUAUAUAGUUGUGUCAUAUACUUCAUCAGUCUGAUUUUAUGUGUGCGAUUUUCACGAA